AUGUUCUAUAUAAAUGAACGAAUACUAAAACGUAUUCCUCUUAUUCAUUUCUUAUGUCUUGUUUAUUUCACAGUAACGGACAAAAAAGAUGCAUCGUGCGCAGCGCCGGUGAAAGUCCAGUGGAAGGAGAGUCCGGUCACGGUGCUGCGGCGGAUCGUCACGGUCCUGUUCGCGCUGGCGGUGGCGGGCGCGGUGCUGGCGGCUUACAUCGCCGGCUACCAGAUCGUGUGGGACUCCUCGAAGCUCUUCUCCUUCGGGCUCUACGGGGCGUUCCUCGUCUUCCACCUCGUGGUGCAGAGCUUCUUCGCAUACCUGGAGCAGCGCAAGAUGAGGAGCCGGAACCUGGAGUGCAGCUACACCAAAACGGUGGCGCUCACCAUCUCCGCCUAUCAGGAGGAUGCAGACUACCUGCGGCAGUGCCUGCUGUCGGUGAAGAACACCAAGUACCCCUCAGACAAGCUCCGCAUCAUCAUGGUGAUCGACGGCAACAGCGCGGACGACCGCUACAUGCUGGAGCUGUUCCGCGAGGUGUUCAGUGACGACGACGUGGGCUGCCUGGUCUGGCAGGAGAAUUACCACACCUGGAAACCCUGGGAGCCUCCGGGCAGCGGCGAGCUCCAGCUCAGCACCGUCGAGGCGCUGGGGGAGAUGUACCACGAGGUGGCGCUGGACGACCCGGGGAAGAGCGAGGUGGAGGAGCUGAUCCGCAGACACCGCUGCGUGUGCAUCAUGCAGAAGUGGGGAGGCAAGAGGGAGGUCAUGUACACCGCCUUCAAGGGGCUGGGGGACUCCGUGGACUACGUGCAGGUCUGCGACUCGGACACCAAGCUGGACCCCUUGGCCACCCUGGAGCUGGUGAAGGUGCUGGAGUCUGACGAGCGGUACGGGGCUGUAGGGGGAGACGUGCGGAUCCUCAACCUCAGCGAGUCCUACAUCAGCUUCAUGAGCAGCCUGCGCUACUGGAUGGCCUUCAACGUGGAGCGCGCCUGCCAGUCUUUCUUCGACUGCGUGUCCUGCAUCAGCGGCCCCCUGGGUCUGUACAGGAACGACCUCCUGCAGCUGUUCCUCGAGUCCUGGUACAAUCAGAAGUUUCUGGGAACGCACUGCACCUUCGGAGACGACAGACACCUCACCAACAGGAUGCUCAGCAUCGGAUACGCCACCAAGUACACCAGUCUUUCCCGGUGCUACUCCGAGACCCCCGGCCAGUUCCUGCGCUGGCUCAACCAGCAGAUCCGCUGGACCAAGUCCUACUUCCGGGAGUGGCUCUACAACGCCCUCUGGUGGCACAAGCACCACCUGUGGAUGACGUACGAGUGCGUGGUGGCCGGCGUCUUCCCCUUCUUCGUGACGGCCACUGUGCUGGAGCUCUUCUACAAGGGGGGCCUGUGGGACAUCCUGUGGAUCCUGCUGGUCAUCCAGAUCAUCGGGCUGGGCAAGGCUCUGUACGCCUGCUGGCUGCGCGGGAACCCGGUCAUGGUGUUCAUGUCCCUCUACUCCGUGCUCUACAUGACCAGCCUGCUGCCCACCAAGUACUUCGCCAUGCUCACCAUGACCAAGAGCAGCUGGGGCACCUCGGGGAGGAAGAAGAUCGUGGGGAACUACAUGCCGCUGCUGCCCUUGUCCCUGUGGUGGGGCGCCCUGCUGGCCGGCCUGGGCUACACGGUGUACAAGGACUGCCAGCAGGACUGGACCCUGCCGGACAUGCAGAGAGAGGCUCUCUACCUCAUCUGCGGCUCGGCCGCCUACGUCGCCUACUGGCUCCUCAUGGGGGCGCUCUACUGGUUCUGGAUCCGCGGGGUCUGUGGGAAGUACCAGACCCUGGAGGAGGAGCACAUGUGAGCGGAUCCAGGAUUGUAGGAUUCCGGGACAGGAUGUGUGUGUGUGUGUGAGUGUGUGUAAAUAAAGUGUGAAAACUACAAUUCCCACAAUGCACUGUUUUGAAGUCUUCCUGACCAGCUUUGCUGAAACGUUUCGGAAAUUUGAAAUGAGCCAACGCAUUUCUGGAUUUUGUCUGAGAGAGUUUCGUUGAAAUCUUUAAAUUUCGUAGAAAAUCAUUUGUUUUACCUCUCGAACCGAACCUGGAGAACAUUCUUCGAGACUGAUAACCGGAGUGUUGUGAAACUCAAAAAGCCACGACGCGUCACCACGUGUCAAAUGAGCUAAGAUAAGACGGGCCUCCAAACCACAACCCCUGAGGAGAAAUCCUAAUAAAAGAAUUAAAAAGAGAGUGUGGGUGAGGUAAUGCGUCUGUUUGGGGAGCACUGUGUGCGGUUGUGAUGUGACUCAGCCCAGGGUGAACUGUGUUGAAAGCAGAUAUUUCUCAGUUGUAGCAGAAAUGUGUUAAGCAGAAGUGACAAAAAAUAAGUAAAAAUAGAGGAUCUUGAAUCUAGUACAUUUCCAUUGUGAAAUAUCCGGCUACGUCAUUACAAAAAAACAAGAACUUCAUGUUCUUAAUUUUUUUUUUUUUCUAAGCGUUUUAAUUUUAACGUAUUGUACAGAAUAGAAGCGCACCCCCCUGUGAGCGGCUUUUACUGGUGUGUGGUAAAAAUGAGAUUAGAUUGGAAAACCAUGAGGAGAUUUUUAGUUCUGUUUUUUAUUCCAAUUUUAUGAAUUAUUAUUAUUAUUAUUAUUAUUAUUAUUAUUAUUAUUAUUAUUAUUAUUUAAAUAAAUGCUCUCUUUGUUCAAACUGCCUUUUUGUUUUCGUUCUUUCACAUUUUACAAUUAAACUAUUUUGAAUCUCUUAAUUUCAGUUUUAUUACAUUUUCUAUUGGACUAUUUUCAGUAUAAUGGUUUAAUUGUGUGUGUGUGGGGGUGUGUCAGUGUGUCAAUGUGUCUCAGUGUGUG